AUGUCCUCUCAAUACCAUAUCGAUGUUAUAGCUCCCAGUUCUAUAAUCCUCUUUACCAUUGUCUACGACAUCGUAUCUGUCUUUCAUGCCGUUAUUCCAAGCACAUUUAAGCUUCUUUGGAAACAUAUCUCCUCGCCCUUCCAGAACUUUUUGACACUUGAUGAUUUCGAUGAGCCCGCCGGGAAACCUCUUCCCAAGUCACAAAUUAAACUUGUACUUCUGUGCAUUCUGGGUAUCCUCCAGUCCAGCGGCUGGCUAGGUUACCUCGUGUACACGUGUGUCAACGACGAUGGGACGAGUACCAUGAUUAGGGCUCUCCUGAUUUUCAUAACUUGGUUUUAUGCGUCUAUGAGGGUUUUAUUCAAGAAACCAGCCACUCCGCCAUACUUGCUAAUUCUGUUCGCAUCUCUCCAUAUCUUCGUUUCCUUCUUCAACCUUUGUUUUCGCACCCCUGAGGUUUCCCUAUGGAUCGGUGCGCUCAAUCUGGUCAUACCCGUUUUGUUUUUGUGGGUAGCUGGGACACUUCCUUUACGAGAUACUCCUCCUGGAGAAAGAAUCGCCAGCAAAAAUGAUAUUCCGUCUGUAAAUAUGACCUGUCCGGAAGACAACGUCACGCUGUGGUCCUGGUUGACGUUCUCCUUCGUUGAACCAAUUUUUACUGUCGCAAAUGAGGGAACACUCAACGAGGGAGAUGUUUGGAGUCUCUCGCCAUACUUCAAACACAAGAAUCUGUUCAAUAAAUAUCUUAGAUACCAGGAAAAAUAUCCGACGCACUCUCUACUGCGAUUUUUGCUGGUCUCAAACUCGCUUGACCUUAUACUUGACGUCGCUCUGGAAUUAUGGACUGCUGUGAUUGGAUUCGUGCCUCCCUACGCUCUCAAAGAAAUUCUGUCUGUGUUGGCAGAUGAUACACCAGAAAGCCGUCAAACUGCAUACUUCUGGGCUUUCAUCACUUUCCUGGCUCAUCUUUCGUUCGCUCAAAAAGAUCUAAUUCAGCAAUGGCACACAAGGCGAUGCUAUGAACGAACUCGGGGUCAACUUUUCUGUGCUAUUCAUUACAAGGCUCUCAAACGGCAAGAUGUGGCUGGACGUACCGACGCUGAAGAGGACAACAAGAGUGCUGAUUUAGGAAAGAUUGUGAACCUGAUGCAAGGAGACUCGUAUGCAGUUUCUCAGAGGUUUUGGGAGUUUUCUGCAAUCAUCGCUUCCCCUGUACGCCUGGUCAUUGCCUUAAUUUUUUUGUACAAAAUUUUGGGUUGGACAGCACUUUCAGGCGUCUUAAUCGUUCUCAUCGCCUACGUUCUCAACUAUCCUCUGGCGAAAUACAAUAUUUAUGUCACUAGGCAAUCCUGGAAAACCAAGGAUGUGCGAAUGUCCAUCGUAAACGAACUUCUUCAAAACAUACGCUUCCUCAAAUUUUAUGGGUGGGAGUAUCAUUGGGGCACCAAGACCGCGGAUUGCAGAGAAAAUGAACUUAGCUGGCGCGUGAAGGAAAAUAUAGUCGACACAGCAAUCUCGUUCAUUUGGACUUGGAUGCCCUCUGCCACGGCUCUAGUGUCAUUCUUAAGUUAUACGUUACUAGCCGGGGAGCGUUUAACAGUAUCGACAGCAUUCACUGCAAUAGCCCUAUUUACUCAACUUCAAGAACCUAUGACAGCUCUACCUGGGCAGUUCUUCGCAAUGUUACAUGCCUAUGUAUCCAUGCAAAGGAUAGAGCGCUAUCUUGCUGAGGAGGAAGUGCCGGCUUGGGUGUCUGCCUUUUCUGUAGCGACAGCUUCGGAGUUGAAUCCCGAAGUUGGAUUUUCGGAAGCCAUUUUCGAAUGGCAGCCCAAAAAAGGACCUGAUAUUCCAGACGGUUUCCGCCUUGGCCCUUUAGAUUUUACUUUUCCAAUCGGCAAGGUUUCGCUCAUCAGCGGUGCGACGGGAUCUGGCAAGAGUGCUAUCCUUGCUGCGUUGUUAGGAGAAAUGCAGUGUUUAUCGGGUCAUGUUCAUUUGGACAAAAGAAAUCAUCAAGUGGCCUAUUGCGCCCAAAGUCCCUGGCUUGAGCACGCUACGAUCCGGGACAACAUCAUAUUUGGAUCGGCCUUUGGAUUUGAUGAAACUCGCUACCAAACGGUCAUCGAAGCAUGUGCUCUAAAACGGGAUCUAGAAGUAUUUGACGCAGGAGAUCUGACUGAAAUUGGUGAAAAAGGCAUCACUCUGUCAGGCGGACAGCGUGCACGCAUCGCGCUUGCCCGAGCGCUCUAUUCACAAGCUCGAGUUAUUCUGCUCGACGAUCCUCUUGCUGCAGUUGAUAUGCAUACAGCACAGCAUUUGGUGAAUAACUGUUUCGCAAGUGAACUAGUCCGCGGUCGAACCGUUAUUCUUGUCACCCAUCAUAUUGGAAUCUGUCUACCCAUUUCGUCCUACCUUGUCGAGUUAUCCCAUGGGGGCGUUAUUCGCAAGGGUCGAAUACAAGAAAUCGAAGAGAGAGUUUUGCAGAAUGUCAUUGAAAUUGAAGACAAACCCUUUACAACCGAAGAUCAUGCCGAUCUUCCUGUCCCGGAACAGGUGAACGAGGCGGAUGUGCUACAUGAUAGUAAAAAACUGCACCGGAAACACCCGCUCAAGUCAAAAGAUGGCAAAUUGAUUGAAGCCGAAGCUCGUGCAGAAGGACGUGUCUCCCUCAAAACAUAUCUGACCUACAUUAGAGCUGCUGGUAUAAUGUCCUGGGUAUUCACGCUCCUUUUGAUGCUUGCGAUCCGCGCGAUCAACAUUGGAAACCAGGUCUUCUUAGCAGCUUGGGGAGAAGCAUAUCAAGAGAAACAUCCCGCGUUAGAUGUCAGAAUAAAGUAUCCCUGGGACAGCUUUCCCUCUCCUGAUGACAAUGUGAAGCCUUGGUUGAUGGUAUAUUUUUACAUAUCAAUGGCAGGCGCCUUCUGUGUUCUUUUCUACAUUGCUCUUGGAUACUAUGCCAGUCUACAGGCUUCCAGAAAGCUCUUCAUGAAACUUCUGAACUCGCUUAUACGAGCAUCAAGUAGAUGGCUCGAUACUACUCCCAUAGGUCGAAUUUUAAACAGGUUUACGACGGAUAUCAAUACUAUUGAUGGCGCUCUCCAAAAUUCUGCAAGAAACUGCCUUGCUGGCGUCCUCAACUUUCUCGCUUCGUUCUUGGUCAUAUUGAUCGUAAUUCCCACUUUUGCCCCUUUUGCUCUCUUCAUAGCUUGGCUUUACAUCCGCCUCGCUCCUCCUUACAUCCGGGCUUCUCGCGACCUCAGACGAUUGGAAUCAAUAUCACUGUCUCCGGCUUUCGCUGGCUUCGAUGAGUUACUACGAGGACUUGCGCACAUACGGGCGUUUGGAAUGGAGAAACGUUACCAGAACAGCUUUUACGCAAAAGUAGACAAAUUCCAGUCAUUUGACCAUUGUUAUUGGCUUGUAAAUUGUUGGCUGCGUUGGAGAUAUGACUGUCUUGGAUCCGUUAUAGUUUUGCUGUCGACCUUGUUCGCUUUAUGGAUGAAAGUUAGAGAUGGUUCGACUGCGAUCGUCAUUGUUCAAGCUGGUGUAUUCGCUGAAGCUAGCCGGCAGCUCGUAAGGGUAGCUGCUCAGUUGGAACUAGACUUCAACAGUGUAGAACGAGUCAUUGAAUACCUCGACAUUCCGCAAGAAGCACCAGCCAUCAUCGAGGAUCAUCGACCACCAGCAUUUUGGCCAUCGAAUUCGGGAAAGUUAGUUGUAGAAAAUUUGAGCGUGAAGUAUGCACCGGCCCUCCCUGCUGUUCUUCGAAACCUAUCAUUUUCCAUCGAGCCCUCAGAAAAGAUUGGGGUGGUUGGGAGAACAGGUUCUGGGAAAUCAACUUUGGCUAUGUCUCUAUUGAGAAUCAUUGAACCAGUGGGUGGAAGGAUCAUCAUUGAUGGUAUAGAUAUAUCGACGAUAGGGCUCGAAGACCUUAGAAAGCGUAUUACAAUCGUUAGUCAAGACGUGUCCCUGUUUUCUGGGACGUUACGAAGCAAUUUAGAUCCCAUGGAAGAGCACAGUCCAGAAGAGUGUACCGAGGUGAUGAAACGCUGCCACUUAGACUCUGUGAUCGUCCACAAGGAAAACGACGGCAAUGCCCUCCUAAAUAUGCCCGUCAAUCAAGGUUCCUUGAGUGGCGGGGAAAGGCAAUUGGUGGCACUUAGUAGGGCAAUACUGCGGGGCACGAACGUCAUAAUAAUGGAUGAAGCUACAUCACAAAUCGAUGCUCAACUGGACGAAAACAUCCAAAAUACCAUCCGAGAAGAACUGGGAGGAGCAAUCGUCAUAACAAUUGCACAUAGACUGAAAACAAUCAUCGAUUACGACCGCAUCCUAGUAUUAGACGACGGGGAAAUUGCAGAAUUCGGCACACCGAAGGAGCUUCUGAAUAAGGAUGGUGGAGUGUUCAAGGAAAUGUGUCGAAAAAGCCCCGACUGGACAAACUUCAAAUCGCUCAUUAGUUAG